CACCAAUGGGCGCCGCGGUGGUGGGGUGCGGAUGGAAAACAGAUCCACCUUGGCUGCGACUCCCCGGCCAAUGUGGGGGUUAGUGGGAUGGUGUUGCGAGCGGAACUCCGUGCUAUAAAGCAUGUCUGAUGGCGCGGUUGUGUGGAAUCGACCUUUUACACCGCUUCUCGCUCUCCUCUGCACCGCCGUUCAUACCCUGAUACCCAGACUUUCCCUCGCGAGCAAUCUACAGUCCUACAGACACCGCGGGGUACUGAGUUUCGCUCCGAAUCCUCACUCUAGACGACCUCUCACACACAUCAUCCACAAUGGUUACCAUCACAGGCGUUGAGACGAGGGAUGUGCGGUUCCCGACUUCCCUUGACAAGACGGGCUCCGAUGCUAUGAACGCUGCGGGAGAUUACUCCUCGGCUUACUGCAUUCUGAGCACGGAUUCGGAGUUCUCUGGACAUGGUAUGACCUUCACAAUCGGCCGCGGCAACGAGAUUGUCUGCUCGGCCAUCGCACACCUCGCCGACCGCGUCAAGGGGCGCACCCUUGAAUCCCUCGUCGAGAACUGGGGCAAGACAUGGCGCCAUCUCGUCAACGACUCACAACUGCGCUGGAUCGGCCCCGAGAAGGGUGUCAUCCACCUCGCGCUCGGUGCCGUGGUGAACGCCAUCUGGGAUCUGUGGGCCAAGACACUCGGCAAGCCCGUCUGGCGCAUCGUCGCAGACAUGACGCCGAGCCAGAUUGUCGACCUGAUCGACUUCCGCUACAUCACCGACGCCCUCACGCCCGAGGAGGCGCUGGAGAUCCUCACCAAGGCCGAGACCGGCAAGAAGGAGAGGCUCCAGGAAGCGCUUGACUCGCAGGCCGUGCCCGCCUACACCACAUCGGCCGGCUGGCUCGGAUACGGCGAGGACAAGAUGAAGGCUCUGCUGCAGGAGACGCUGAGCAAGGGGUACCGCCACUUCAAGCUCAAGGUCGGCAGCGACGUCGCGCAGGACAAGCACCGCCUGAGCAUCGCACGCGAAAUCAUCGGCUUCGACAAGGGCAACGUCCUCAUGGUCGACGCGAACCAGGUCUGGAGCGUGCCCGAGGCCAUCGAGUACAUGAAGCAGCUCCAGGAGUUCAAGCCGUGGUUCAUCGAGGAGCCCACCAGCCCUGAUGAUGUUCUCGGCCACAAGGCGAUCAGAGAGGCCCUGAAGCCCUACGGCAUCGGCGUCGCAACGGGCGAAAUGUGCCAGAACCGCGUCAUGUUCAAGCAGUUCCUCCAAUCCGGCGCCAUCGACAUCUGCCAGAUCGACGCCUGCCGCCUGGGCGGCGUCAACGAAGUCAUCGCCGUGCUGCUCAUGGCCGCCAAGUACGGCGUGCCCAUCGUGCCCCACUCCGGCGGCGUCGGACUGCCCGAGUACACGCAGCAUCUGUCGACGAUCGACUACGUCGUCGUGUCGGCCAAGAAGAGCGUCCUCGAGUACGUCGACCAUCUGCACGAGCACUUCUUCAACCCCAGCCGCAUCGAGAACGGGUACUAUGUCACCCCGACCGAGCCGGGGUACAGCGUCGAGAUGAAGCCCGAGUCCAUGGACAGGUUCUCGUACCCGGGCAAGGAGGGUGUUUCGUGGUGGAAGAGCGAGGAGGCGCGGCCGAUUCUUGAGGGUGAGAAGUACUAGGCGCCUGCCACCCUUGCACUUGCAUGGUAGCGCGUCCCUUGAUUGAAGUAAUGAUUCGAAAUAAUGCAAAAGUUCACAUCUCAUCUCUCAUCGCCUGUUUUCCCGGUACGACACGUCUCUCGUCCGAUCACUCGAGGUCUCCAGGCAUGCAGUAGAGCAAUAACACAAUAGAUCCCAUACC